AAACACUUUUUCCUGUUCACUUCUGAUAAGUGAUUCAGGCUGGUGUUUAUCAUAUUUACUCAUAAUCGUUUCCGUCAGACACUCCCAAGUAGUUAACACCAACAGUGACAUUAAACAUGCUGACAAUGAAAGUUCUUUAUAGUUUAGUGCUAUUCAUAGGUUUAUCAAAUUGCCAGUCUUCACAAGAUUGUGGUUUACAACAAACAUGUGAGGCCUGUAUACAAAAACUAGAAUGUGUUUGGUGCAGUGAACCAUCUUCCACGAACCCUGUCAACUGCCGGCCAAAAGAUACCAGUGAUGAUUCGUGUCAAAUUGAAGUUGUUUCACCAAAAUCCAAUUUUGAAAUCGAACAGAGUAAUCCAUUUUCGGACUCUGUAAACAAUCCCACUCAAAUCCAGCCGCAGAAGGUGAAAUUGUCUCUGAGAAAAGGUGAAAAGUACGAGAUGAAAUUCAAAUACAAAAUCGCCUCAAAUUAUCCAGUGGACUUGUAUUACAUUAUGGAUUUAUCCAGUUCCAUGAUAAUAUAUAAAAAACAAUUAGCUGCCCUUGGUGUGAAACUAGCAAUGACCAUGAAGAAUAUCACAACGAAUUUCAAAUUGGGGUUUGGCAGUUUCAUCGACAAAACAGACCUUCCAUUCGUCAGUACCGAACCCAAGCAGUUAGAACAUCCAUGUCCACGUGGUGUCGACUGUGUUCCUGCUUAUAGCUUCAAAAACCACUUGCCACUUUCAAGUGAUUACGAGGAGUUCAGAAGGCAAGUUGAAUCUGCGAAAGUGUCUGGAAAUUUAGACAGCCCAGAAGGUAGUUUGGACGCUAUUAUGCAAGCUAUCGUGUGCAAGGAAAAAAUACAAUGGAGAGACAAAGCACGUCAUCUGUUGAUAUUGUCUACAGAUGCUGAAUUCCAUGUUGCCGGUGACGGGAAGUUAGCAGGUGUGGUAGAACCUAACAACGGCAAAUGCCAUACGGACGAUAAAGAUUUCCUCGUUUACGAUUAUCCUUCAGUCUCACAUAUCAAUUAUGUUGCGGUUAAGAAUAACAUCAAUUUAAUCUUCGCAAUAGUUAAAAAACCUAAAUUGAACAUAGCGAGCUCUUACAAGAAAUUAUCAGAGAAUAUAAAGGACUCCUAUUUUCGUGAACUGGACGAUGGUGAUUCCCACAAUGUCGUUAACUUGGUUGUAGAUAUUUAUAAUAAAAUAUCCCAAACCGUAACAUUCACCUCCAACGUGUCAAGCGAAGUAGAUUUGAAAUUCACCUCAAAUUGCGAUAGCGACAUAUCAGACACUUGUAAAAACGUGCGUGUUGGUCAAAUCCUCGAAUUCACUGCCACCAUCCAAGUUCGACAAUGUCCGACCAAUGGAAACAACAAACAAUUCAUAGCCAUCCGCCCGGCAGCCCUGAAUGAAAGUUUAAUAGUGGAAUUGGAUAUGUUAUGCGAAUGCCCUUGUUCGUUGAAUGCUACGAAAAAAUCGGACCAAUGCAGUAAUCAGGGGGACUUGAUAUGCGGAGUGUGCAGUUGUCCUGCAGGACGGAAUGGAAGGAUCUGCGAGUGUGAUAAUUCUGCUGGACUAUCGGAGGACACGUCCCGUUGUCAGAUGGAAGGAACGAACGAAACAUGUUCAGGUUUGGGUGAAUGUAAAUGUGGAAAAUGCGAGUGCUUUUCAAAUGGUAACAAAGGGGAACGAAUCUACGGGGAAUUUUGCCAGUGCAACAACUAUUCCUGCAAAAAGGAAGGCGGAAAACUCUGUUCUGAUAAAGGUACCUGCAACUGUAACGUUUGUGAAUGCCAAAGCGGCUACAGUGGAGACGCUUGCGAAUGUGAGGAGAACGAAUCCAACUGCAUAAAUCCGGAAACAAAAUUGAAGUGUUCCGGUCACGGAAAAUGUGUCUGUGGAGCGUGCGUGUGCAAUGUGGAUAACAACAGAUAUUCUGGAAAAUACUGCGAUGAUUGCUUAUCUUGCCCCGCUCAGAGAUGCGAGGAACUUCGGUAUUGUGUCGAAUGCCAAGCUUAUAAAAAAGGAAAAUACAACAGUACGUGUAGCACUCAAUGUACGGAAUUCCAAACCAAAGUAGUAGACAAACUGGAUAGUGAUGACGAUCCAAGUAUUAAGCGAUGUAAAAUACCAGAUGAUGAUCGAUGCAUCAUGAAUUUUGAAUAUUAUUAUGACAGUAGAGAAGUACUUGUUGUGAAAGCUAUGAAGGAAAGAGUUUGCCCUAGUCCUCCAAAUGUUUUAGCCUGGAUUUUGGGUGUCAUAGGAAGCAUUUUACUGGCCGGUUUGAUAAUGUUACUCAUCUGGAAAAUAUGCACCACACUUCACGAUCGUCGUGAAUAUGAAAAGUUCGACCGGGAAAGACGAGCUGUCAAGUUUGGCGUAACGAAAAAUCCCAUUUUCCGCGAAGCAACCACCACGGUCACGAAUCCUGCGUAUAAUCGAUCCAGCUCCAGGUUUUCCAACACUAAGCAGUAACAUUCCUACACAGAAGUUUCUUCAAAGACAAGAGAUCUGAAAAUGUCAUCGACUUUCAUUAUUUAUUGCUCUUUCUAUCUAUAAAAAUAUCAAUAGAACGAAGAUGACAAUG